AUGUCCAGGACAAACCUUCUAAGAUCGUUCGUCAUCGAGCGACUAACAGCAGCAGCUGAGGAGAUAUUAGGAGCUUUCGAGAGGACGAUAGCGGAGUAUGAGGACGAGAGAGAUCAACAGAGGAGACUGCUGGACAUGGUGUUGAAGCCCAGGAUUACAUUACACAGAAUAGAGUUUGUACAGUUAUCUGAUCAGCAGCAUGGUGAGCAGGACAGGAGCCCCAGUCUGGCCAAGUUGGAAAAACAGGAACUCUGGAUCAGUCCACAGGAAGACCAACUUCCAUUGCAGGAGGUAGCUGAUACCUCUGAGUCCAUAUUUACUCCUCUUGGUGAUGGAAAUGAUGAUGGCUAUGUACAGUUAUGUGAUCAGCAGCAAGGCUAUGUACAGUUAUCUGAUCAGCAGCCAGGUGAGCAGGAGAGGAGCCCUAGUCUGGCCAAGGAGGAACAACAGGAAGUCUGGAUCAGUCCACAGGAAAACCAACUUCCAUUGCAAGAUGAAGCUGAUACCUCUGAGUCCAUAUUUAACCCUCUGUGUGAUGGAAAUGGUAAUUGUAAAGAUCAGCAUCUGCCCUCACAAAUCUACCAAACCCAGACAGAGGAAGACACAGAGCCCCCAGCUGUCACCUCAUUUGAACUGAUACAACUGGAUGCCAAAGAAGACAACGUUUUAAUAUCAGAACCAACAAGUGACCACCAUACCCUCUCUAACUGUCAUGUAACUGAGAGUGAAGCUGACCAUACUUGCAGUCGCCAAAACUAUGAGGAAGCGGGUUCAACUCAGAAAGCCAGGCUGAAACCUCACAAAAAGCCCUACAACAAAUGCAAGAUUUGUGGGAAAGUUCUUUAUAAUUUGGAAAUUUUUAAAAUUCAUUUGACAUUUCACACAGGAGAAAAGCCUUUCAAAUGCACCACUUGUGAUAGAGAUUUUACCUGCAAGUAUAGCAUGGAGAGGCAUACAAGGACUCAUGCAGGGGAGAAGACAUUCAGAUGCACCAUGUGCGGGAAAAUGUUUACCCAUAAGUCAAGUUUUCAAAGGCACAUAAGGACUCAUACAGGGGAGAGGCCAUUCAAAUGCACCACCUGCGGGAAACUGUUUACCCACAAGUCACGAUUGCAAAUGCAUGUAAGGACUCAUACAGGGAAGAAGCCAUUCAGAUGCACCAUGUGCGGGAAAAUGUUUACCCAGAAGUCACUAUUACAAAUGCAUGUAAGGACUCAUACAGGGGAGAAGCCAUUCAGACGUACCACGUGCGGGAAAAUGUUUACCCAGAAGUCACAAUUGCAAAUGCACGUAGGGACUCAUGCAGGGCAGAAGCCAUUCAGAUGCACCACGUGCGGGAAAAUGUUCACCAAGAAGUCACAACUGCAAAGGCACGUAAGGACUCAUACAGGGGAGAAGCCAUUCAGAUGCACCAUGUGCGGAACAAUGUUUAACCAUAAGUCACAAUUGGAAACGCACGUAAGGAUUCAUACCGGGGAGAAGCCAUUCAGAUGCACCACGUGCGGGAAAAUGUUCACACAGAAGUCAAAUUUUCAAACGCAUGUAAGGACUCAUACAGGGGAGAAGCCAUUCAGAUGCACCACGUGUGGAAAAAUGUUUACCCAGAAGUCAAAUUUUCAAACGCAUGUAAGGACUCAUACAGGGGAGAAGCCAUUCAGAUGCACCACAUGCGGGAAAAUGUUUACCCAUAAGUCAAGUUUUCAAAGGCACAUGAGGACUCAUACAGGGGAGAAGCCAUUCAGAUGCACCACAUGUGGGAAAAUGUUUAUUCAGAAGUCAAAUUUUCAAACGCACGUAAGGACUCAUACAGGGGAGAAGCCAUUCAGAUGCACCACAUGUGGGAAAAUGUUUACCCACAAGUCAAAUUUACAAAGGCACGUAAGGACUCAUACAAGGGAGAAGCCAUGCAGGUGCUGCGAUUGCGGAAAUAGGUUCAUCUCAAAAUGGCAUCUCAAUCAACAUGCCAUGAUCCACAAAGUGGUGAAGGUGGAGGGCAGAGUCAGCUGGACACACGCCAGCCACAGCAAGGUGCCACCACUGGAGAUGGAGGUCCAGGGUGAGAGACCCACUCUGCUCACAAACAAGGAAGAGAAGUAG